GGCGGGGUGGGCCGUGCGGGCUGCUGCCUGGCUGCGCUCGCCGGCCGGGGUGGGCGCCCGCUGCUCAGCCCAGCCGCUGGUGGGGCAGGGCUCCGCGGGGCGUCGGUCUGGCUUGGUAGUUCACGCGCGCCUCUGUGCUUUCGCUGCAUAGUCUUGCAUUGCAGACCACCGGCCUGGGGAAGCGACGACAGAGGCCUCGGCGGCUCAGGUUUGUUAAUUGUUCAUAUUUUAAACAGUGGCAAGAAGGGAACUGGAUAGAACACAAAUUAUGAAGGUGUUAGUCAUUGGACUUGGAGGUGUGACAAAUGGAGGGAAAACAACACUGGCAAAACGUCUUGGGAAACAGCUUCCGAACUGCAGUAUACUCUAUCAAGAUGACUUCUUUAAGCCAGAAUCUGAAAUAGAGAUAGAUGAACAUGGAUUUAAGCAAUAUGAUGUACUUGAUGCCCUUUAUAUGGAGGAAAUGGUGACAAGCAUACACUCAUGGAUGAAAAACCCAACGGGCUCUUCUGUCUCAACAGCAGAAUCAAAGAGUACACCUCUCAAUCUGAAAAGUACAGAAGAAGUUCACAUUUUAAUAGCUGAAGGUUUUCUUCUGUAUAACUAUGAGCCUCUUAAUGAAGUAUGGGAUAGAAAAUAUUUUCUGACCAUUCCAUAUGAAGAAUGCAAGAGGAGAAGGAGUACCAGAAUUUAUCAACCAGCAGAUCCACCAGGAUACUUCGAUGGACAUGUAUGGCCUAUGUAUCUGAAACAUAAGAGGGAAAUGGAAGAAAAUACAAAUAAUAUUGGUGAGCAGGUCACAGCAAAACCAUGCGAGAAGUUGAGAUUCUUUCCAGUAUGGAUUCAGAGUCAAUUUUAUGGUGUCUGGAUGGAUCACUUUGCCAAUCUACUAACUAAUAUGCAUGAGCAAGUGAACAGAACAGAGAGACAGUUUAGAUCCCUCCCAGCUAACCAACAAAACCUACUUCCUCAAUUUCUUCUUCAUCUGGACAAGAUUCGGAAAUGCAUUGAUCAUAAUCAAGAGAUCCUACAGACCAUUGUGAACGAGUGCAAACAUAUGUUUGAAAAUAAAGAAUAUGGAGAAGAUGAAAAUGGGAAGAUUGUGCCAGCGUCAACCUUUGACAUGGAUAAAUUAAAGUCCACUUUGAAACAGUUUGUAAGAGACUGGAGUGAAACGGGGAAACCUGAGAGAGAUUCCUGCUACCAGCCAAUCAUUAAUGAAAUUGUAAAGAACUUUCCAAAAGAGAGAUGGGAUCUCUCCAAAGUUAAUAUCCUGGUACCUGGUGCUGGGCUAGGUAGAUUGGCCUGGGAAAUAGCUAUGCUCGGUUAUGCUUGCCAAGGAAAUGAAUGGAGCCUCUUUAUGCUCUUUUCUUCUAAUUUUGUACUCAACAGAUGCUCAGAAAUUAACUCUCAUAAACUUUAUCCCUGGAUUCAUCAGUUUAGCAAUAACAGGAGAUCUGCUGAUCAGAUACGACCAGUUUAUUUCCCUGAUGUUGACCCCCACAGUCUUCCUUCUGGUGCAAACUUUUCUAUGACAGCAGGGGAUUUUCAAGAAAUUUACUCAGAGUGCAAUAUGUGGGACUGCAUAGCAACCUGCUUCUUCAUAGACACAGCACAUAAUGUCAUUGAUUACAUUGAUACAAUAUGGAAAAUUCUCAAACCAGGAGGAAUAUGGAUAAAUUUAGGUCCUCUCCUUUACCACUUUGAGAACUUGGCAAAUGAACUUUCUAUAGAAUUGAGUUAUGAGGAUAUAAAAAAUGUUAUAUUACAGUAUGGAUUCCAUCUAGAGGUACGGAUAGAUUGUGGAGAAAGAAUCUGUAUUGUCAACAUACACUGUGAAUGAACUAUCCAUGAUGAAAUACUACUAUGAAUGUGUGUUGUUUGUGGUUAGGAAACCAGAGUUGCAGUGUUUCAAAUAGAUUCUUCAGAAAAAAUGCUGGAGAUAAUGCUAAAAUUUACAACACACAAUGGACUAGGUAAUGACUGGAUACAACCUCAAAUCAGUGGUGCCUUGUUUAUUCUUAACAGGAAUUUGAGAGUGUCUAUUUUCUUAAUACCUGUAUUGCUAUCCAGAUAUAUACUGUGCCAUGCAUAUUUGUACUGUACUAGUGAAAAUGGAAGAAAAUGUACAGAUACACUGCCCACAUUCAUCAGAAUCCAUAAAAACAUCCCAUUUUUCAUAAGUAUAAAAGUCCUGGUUUUAUGUCUGCCAUGAGGUUGUCUUGAUAAGGCUGGUUUAAUCAUUAUUCAACAAUACUGAAAUCCAAAAUAAUAUCCCUUUUAUCUGCAGCUGUCUGUAACAUGCACAAUCUACAGCUCUCAGGAUCUGUUGGAAAGGAUGUACAAUUCUAUGUUUGAUAUCAGAACUGGGAAUAUUAUUUCCACUUUUGAUCUGAGGCUUAAAACAAAAAUGUUUGUGUAUUCUGCCUCAGUUUUUAUACAAAAUUCUAAUUGUUUUCAUUUUUCCUUGUGGCUUUAUGAAUGUUUAGAGGUAUGAUACAAGCUGAGCCACAGUUUAGAGAAGGAUUUCUUAACAUCAAUUUAAAAAUAGAAAAUUUACAAAAUCUGAAAUUAUUGAACAGUGCUAAAAUGUAUCUUGAAAGCUGCAUUCAUUGUGACUUAGCACUCCCGGGACCAUUUUCUGUAAGACUGAAAAUAGAAACAAAAGCUAUAAUUUAAGAAUAUCUAAAAUAUUUUAAUUUUCUGGCCAUGUUAAGCUUAGCAAUCUAUUCUAAUAGUUUGUUGGCUUUGGUAAUUUGAAUAUUGGUUUAUGAAAUCAUAGUACGGAGUGAAGCAAAGCAUCAUGUCACAAAGGAGCGGGAGUAAAUUAACCUUGAAAUGGAAAUAAGACUUGCUCUGCUAAUGCAGGAACUGCACUCUCACUUUGCCCAUUUGAAGUUUAUCAGUGUAACUUAUCUGUUGCUUAAAUAAAGUGUUUGAAGCAUUUA